GCGGGGUGGCGCUGGAGCGGACGACACUUCCGCUUCCUCCUCUUCCGCUUUGCAUGCUGGGAGGCCGGGCUUUGAUCGAAUUCACGCUGUAGCGACAUCCGAAAUCCUGUCCAUCACCCACCUCCAUCCUUAUCAUGUCGAUCGGGGUCCCCAUCAAGGUCCUCCAUGAGGCUGAGGGACACAUUGUCACUUGCGAGACAAACACCGGGGAGGUCUACCGCGGGAAGCUCAUUGAAGCUGAGGACAACAUGAACUGCCAGAUGUCGAACAUCACAGUGACAUACCGUGAUGGACGUGUGGCGCAGCUGGAGCAGGUGUACAUCCGUGGAAGCAAGAUCCGCUUCCUGAUCCUUCCAGACAUGCUCAAAAAUGCCCCAAUGCUCAAGAGCAUGAAGAACAAGAACCAGGGCUCCGGAGCCGGGAGGGGAAAGGCCGCCAUCCUCAAGGCACAAGUGGCAGCCAGAGGAAGAGGGCGCGGAAUGGGACGUGGAAACAUUUUCCAGAAGCGGAGAUAAAGAAAAAAAAUGAAUAUAUUCAAAAUGGCUUCCGGGUUUGAAUUAUUCCCACCAAUCUCUUUCCAGUUGUUAUUAUGUCUUCCUUUUUGUUAUUCUCCAGUAUUUCAAUAAACAUGGAUUUUUCUUAGCUA